CUCCUAGGCUCACUUGUGUUCAGAGAGUCAUCUGUAGAUCAGGAAGACAAAAAGACGCUCCUGAGCCUUUGCGUCACUCAACAGGGUUGUUGAAGGUCAGGUGUCAGCAGUGAAAUGGCCUUCUUGUCAGCUUGGAUUGUGUCUCCUGAAGCCCUACUGUUUCUCUGUUUUAUCUUGGGCACACAGGCCCAGCAGGCUUUUAGGACUGAGCCCAGGAACCUAACUGUGCGGAUGGGAGCCACAGCUGUGUUGAGGUGUGAGGUGUUGCGAGCCUCGGGGACUGUGCAGUGGGCCAAAGAUGGGUUGCUCCUGGGACCUCAGAGAAGCCUGCCAGGCUUUCCACGCUACAGCAUGAUUGGAAACCCCAAGAGAGGACAGUAUCAUCUUCAGAUUGAAAAUGCACAACUGGAAGAUGACACCCAAUAUGACUGUCAAGCGACUUCAGCGGAGAGCAGUGGUGGAAUCAUUUCCAGCCCAGCGUGGCUCACCGUACAAAUUCCUCCGUCCAAGCCGUACUUCGACAUGGACGUGGCAACACCUUGGGUAGCAGGGAAGAAGUACACCGUCACCUGCGUUGCCGCUGAUGCAAAGCCUUUGGCUAAAAUCACACUUUAUAAAGAUGGAGUUGAGCUGACAGGUGCACAGUUUUUCACCACGUCUGGCUCAAAGGAUAAGCUUGAGAACGUAACGUAUGAAGUAACGGUCACUGCUCUGAGCUCUGACAAUGGGAGGCAUUUGGCCUGUCACGCCAUGAACUCCGCUCUUCUCAGGCCUGUGGAGACCACAAUGACUCUAAAUGUGUACUUCGCACCUCAGCCUCCAGUAAUUCUGGGUCUGGAGAGAAAGGAAGUCAAAGCAGAGAGAAUGCUCGUGUUGGAGUGUGUGUCAUAUGGUGGAAACCCCCUUGCCACUCUCCACUGGACCAAGAACGGAGAAGUUCUGUCUACGACUUGGGAAGAGGACGUUGUUGCUCAGAAGUCCAGCAGCAUACUCAAACUGAAGAUCACCCCUGCUGACAACCAGGCAGAGCUGUGCUGUGAAAGCUCCAAUCUGGUGACCCGAUCUCCACUAUCUGUCAGCCGCAAAAUAACAGUUCUCUUUGAACCUGCGGAGCUGACACUGUCGGGUUCGUUAACAGCAAUUGAGGGGCAAGAGUUGAAUCUGAGCUGCUACGCCACCUCCAGCAAUCCCCCCGUCGACAUUCGCUGGUGGCUGGGCUACAAGGAGCUCAACAACACUUCUGUUGCUGUGGAAGAGGGAGACAAUGGUGGGAUGACAACCAUGUCCAACAUGACCCACCGGGUCUCUCGGGAGGAGCAUGGACUGAAGCUCACCUGUGAGGCUUUUAACAAGGGAACACACUUCUCCAAAACCCAGAGCGCUGAACUCAGUGUCUACUAUCCCCCUCAAAAAGUCUGGAUCAAUGCUCCAGCUCAAGAUGUCCCCUUUCGUUCUGGAAGCACAGUUCAUCUGGUCUGUUUCGCCACUGGGGGAAAUCCGAAAGCAACUUUGACUUGGUUGAAGAAUGGAAAGAAAGUGCCUAAUGCGCUGAAACAGACCUCAUUUGAUAUGGGUGUAGCUCAAGAACUGAUCGUGGUGCUGACAGCAAGUGACAACAUGGCCAGCUACCGCUGUGAUGCCACAAAUAAAGCAAAGAAAACCAUCUCUGCAUACACUAAGCUCCGAGUUCACUUUACACCAGUAAGUAUGAAGAUCACAACCCAACAGGAGGUACUUCGUCAGGGUGAGGUGCUAACCCUGGAGUGCCAGGCUGGAAGCAGCAAUCCCAUGGCCAACAUUUCUUGGAUCUUGGGCCCAUUAAGGUUGCAGGGGGUCAAGCAGGAAUCCAAGGGAGCUCAGUUUGGUGGCAUUUCAGUGCACAGUUCUCUGUCUCUGAAUCUGACUUCACAGCAUCACAACCAGAAGGUCAUUUGCCAGGCCUACAGCCAUGUUUUGGCCGAGGGGGCCAACACAUUUUACAAGCUCAAUGUGCUUUACCCACCAGAAUUCAGCCCAGACCAGCCAACAGAGGUGCAGGUGCUCGAGGAUGACACUGCAGCCAUCCCACUGCUGGUCUCAGCUAACCCAGAGGAGGUCUCCUGCAUUUGGCUGCACCGCAGGGAGAAGCUGGUCAAAGAGGAAGAUUUCCGCUAUCACUGGUUAGAAGACUAUUCACUGGAGAUCAGGAAUGUGUCAAGGAAAGACGCCGGAGUUUACACUGUCGAGUGUGAAAACGACGAAGGCGUCAACCAAACCUCCAUCACGCUGGACGUUCAGUAUGCUCCAAGUGUCAAAGCAGAGAAAGACCCAGUGUUUGUGAACCUGGGGGAAACAGCAGACCUGAUAUGUGUGGCAGAUGCCAACCCAGUUAUAUCUGCCAUGUUCUCUUGGAAAUGGCUGGGAGAGGAAGAGGUGGAGAUGGGCGAGGAAACCCAGCAAGAUGAAUCAGGCCUUCUGACCAUCUAUAAUGUGACGCGGGCUCAUGCUGGUCAUUACAAGUGCCUAGCCGAUAAUGGCAUAGCACCCCCUGCCAGUACACAUAUACAGUUGGUUGUGCAAUUUAAACCAGAGCUUCGUAAAGGACCCCAAUGGAGAAAAGUAGCAAGCAGAGGGGAUGGCACUACUACUGCAGAAAUUAUGUGUCAGGCAGAGGGCAUUCCUCGUGUUGACUUCUCUUGGGAAAAAAAUGGGUUACUCAUGGAUUUUGCAAACCCCAGGUAUGAGGAGGUGACGGUGAGGGAAGGCACUUUUCACACCAGCACAGUUCGAGUGGUAAAUGUGAGUGCACUGUUGGACUACGCUGUCUUUAGCUGCACUGCUCGCAACUCACUUGGGGAAGACAAGCUAGACAUCCAGCUCGUCAGCACAAAUCACCCAGAUCCUCCUUCAUCGUUUCGCCAAGUCAGUGUUGGCCAUGACUCUGUCACUCUUGAAUGGAUCCCCGGCUUCAAUGGUGGUUUGCAGCAGAGGUUUCGCAUAAGAUACCGCUGGGAUCAGUCUGUCAGUUUCCUGUACGUGGAUGUCUUCCCUCCCAGUGCGACAACCUUUACGGUUACUGGUCUGCAGCCUGUCACCACUUACAACUUCUCUGUCAAUGCCCUUAAUGCAAUAGGAGAGAGCGGCUAUGCUGACAACAACGCAGUACUGGCCAUCACCACUGUGGAGAGGCCAGAGUCAGAGGAGGGCCAACCAGAUGGAAAACCAGACUUACAGGGUGGAAGUGGACUGCCAGUCUAUUUGACUGCAGUGUUGACAGCAGUAUUAGGAGGCCUGCUGGUGUUUAAUUUGAUUGGUUGUUUCUUUGGACUAAGGUGGAAAAAGAGGCAAGGUCAGACAGCAGCAGGUAGUGGGGACAGUGUAUUGGAUGGAAAGAAGAAUGAAGACGAGGGGUCAAGUCAAUCAACUGCAGGAAACUUCAACAAGUAUGAAAGCAGAGAGAUGAUCAACACCGCAGCCCAGCGCACUCUCCUCAUUGACUCUGGAUCUGAAGCAGACAGCAACGUCUAUGAGAGCUACGCAGAGGAAAGUUCCCAUUAUUAUUAUCCCACUGGUAUCUACAUGCCACAUCUCAACCCCCACCCGGAGGAAACACGCCGAUUUGAUGUCAUCCAUCACCCCGUUGACCCUCGCAGCCAUUUGUAUGAAGAUGUAAGGGACGAGGGUGUGUACCAGGAAAUUCUGGCUCCUACUCAUCCUCCCCCUGCGGUCGUGUUUGACCACAAAUUGAAAUCACCAACCCGCCGCGGGGGUGCUGAGAGAGUGAGGCAGUUCAUGGCUGUUCACCAACCACAGAGAGAUGCUGAGAUUCCCUUUGAACUACGAGGAGAGUUAGUCUAGUAGUCAAAAUAAAUUCUAUAUGGUAGGGCUUGUGAGUCAACCUUAUUCAUUUAGUACAGUAUUGUAAAAGACAUAUUCAAUAGUAUUUUUUUAUUUUUUUCAAAUUCUCUUCGAAAUGUAUCUCACCAGUUACCUCGAAUGAAAAGGCAAAACUGAGAUGUGGCAUAAAACGAAAUUUCAU